GUUUAUUCCCUGCUGUCCUGAAUCUUGCGUCUAAUGCUCUUAUCACAACCAAUGCAACAUGUGGAGAAAAGGGACCUGAAAUGUACUGCAAAUUGGUGGAACAUGUCCCUGGGCAGCCUGUGAGGAAUCCACAGUGUCGAAUCUGCAAUCAAAACAGCAGCAAUCCAAACCAGAGACACCCGAUUACAAAUGCUAUUGAUGGAAAGAACACUUGGUGGCAGAGUCCCAGUAUUAAGAAUGGAAUCGAAUACCAUUACGUGACAAUUACACUGGAUUUACAGCAGGUGUUCCAGAUUGCGUAUGUGAUUGUGAAGGCAGCUAACUCCCCCCGGCCUGGAAACUGGAUUUUGGAACGCUCUCUUGAUGAUGUUGAAUACAAGCCCUGGCAGUAUCAUGCUGUGACAGACACGGAGUGCCUAACCCUUUACAAUAUUUAUCCCCGCACUGGGCCACCGUCAUAUGCCAAAGACGAUGAGGUCAUCUGCACUUCAUUUUACUCCAAGAUACACCCCUUAGAAAAUGGAGAGAUUCACAUCUCUUUAAUCAAUGGGAGACCAAGUGCCGAUGAUCCUUCUCCAGAACUGCUGGAGUUUACCUCUGCUCGCUAUAUUCGCCUGAGAUUUCAGAGGAUCCGCACACUGAAUGCUGACUUGAUGAUGUUUGCUCACAAAGACCCAAGAGAAAUUGACCCCAUUGUCACCAGAAGAUAUUACUACUCGGUCAAGGAUAUUUCAGUUGGAGGGAUGUGCAUCUGCUAUGGUCAUGCCAGGGCUUGUCCACUUGAUCCAGCGACAAAUAAAUCUCGCUGUGAGUGUGAGCAUAACACAUGUGGCGAUAGCUGUGAUCAGUGCUGUCCAGGAUUCCAUCAGAAACCCUGGAGAGCUGGAACUUUUCUAACUAAAACUGAAUGUGAAGCAUGCAAUUGUCAUGGAAAAGCUGAAGAAUGCUAUUAUGAUGAAAAUGUUGCCAGAAGAAGUCUGAGUUUGAAUAUACAUGGAAAGUACAUUGGAGGGGGUGUUUGCAUUAAUUGUACCCAAAAUACUGCUGGUAUAAACUGUGAGACAUGUAUUGAUGGCUUCUUCAGACCCAAAGGGGUAUCUCCAAAUUAUCCAAGGCCAUGCCAGCCAUGUCAUUGCAAUCCAAUUGGUUCCUUAAAUGAAGUCUGUGUCAAGGAUGAGAAACAUGCUCGACGAGGUUUGGCACCUGGAUCCUGUCAUUGCAAAACUGGUUUUGGAGGUGUGAGCUGUGAUCGGUGUGCCAGGGGCUACACUGGCUACCCAGACUGCAAAGCCUGUAACUGCAGUGGCUUAGGGAGCAAAAAUGAGGACCCUUGUUUUGGCCCCUGUAACUGCAAGGAGAAUGUUGAAGGAGGAGACUGUAGUCGUUGCAAAUCCGGCUUCUUCAAUUUGCAAGAGGAUAAUUGGAAAGGCUGCGAUGAGUGUUUCUGUUCAGGUGUUUCAAACAGAUGUCAGAGUUCCUACUGGACCUAUGGCAAAAUACAAGAUAUGAGUGGCUGGUAUCUGACUGACCUUUCUGGCCGCAUUCGAGUGGCUCCCCAGCAGGACGACUCGGACUCACCUCAGCAGAUCAGCAUCAGUAACGCGGAGGCCCGGCAAACCCUGCCGCACAGCCACUACUGGAGCGCACCGGCUCCCUAUCUGGGAAACAAA